AUGGCUCAAUCGACCGACCAGGUCGUCGACCAGGUCGCCCAGCUGAACGCUGCUCGCAACCUUGUCCUCGGCGAUGCCGCACUCUACCCGCGGAUCGUAAGCGGCAUCCUCCCCAUCGUCGGAGCCAACGCGAGGCUCGAGUUGCGAAGAUGGGGUGCAGACUUCUUAGCAGAGACAUUUGCCAGCCCAAUGCUACCUACAGCACAAAAGCAGCAGCUCGCGCCGGGCGUGUUGCAGACAAUUCAAGAAAUCCUGGGGCUACCUGAGACGGACACGGCAGUCCUGUCGAGCUUGGUGCAGACAUCAGCCAGUCUGUACCCUCUCAUCUUUCGUCACAUUGUGAAUCACCCGGAGGACAACAAGACAUGGGAGACAAUGAACGCCAUCAAACAAGAUAUCCUUCGGAAAAUGGAUUCUUUCCCGUGUCCGGUCAAGAUCUGCUGCAUCAAGUUUCUACAACGCGUGGUCCAGGUCCAGACGCCUGGUUUGAUUGCGGACCCUAGACGACCGGACCAGAACGAGACAUCAUUGGCCGUUGUGCCCCGAACCCACGCCCUGCUUGCCAUUCCACACCUGGAGGCCGAGUCAUCGGGUCUGCUUGACCGGCUGCUCGGUGUAUUUCAAGAAGAGACAAGUGAUCCCCUCAUUGUCAAUGCGACUCUGAACUGCCUUGCGCCUUUGAUCCGUACGCGCCAGUCGAUUGCGAAUAAAAUAAUCCUUACAGUUCUGGAAUUCUAUCCCGCCAAACAUGUCCUCCCACCGUUCACACCUGCCGUUCUUGUCAGCGUUAAGUCCAUGGAACGUACAGCGCGGGCCUUGUUGGUCAACGUGAUGAAGAAGAACCCGAGCCACCCGCUGGUUGGGAAGAUGCAAAUGUAUAUCGAGCGCUUGAUGCAGUCCCGGCUUGAGGUCACGGAUGAUGCAUCGCGCAAACGUGGAUUGCCCCUCGAGCCGACAGAUGGCCUGGAUAACGCCAAGCGGGCUCGUCUCGAUGCUCUGACUCCUCCGCUGCUCAAUAUCCCUCAUCUACCCCCAGGCCCGACCAGCUUCAACCAGCUUUUCACCCUGACCCAAGAUGUCGGCCUUUCCUCCUUCGACGUCAAACAGCUUCCUCCCGACUUAGUAGUGAAGAUUACAGUUCCACUCCUAUCCCAAGUAAACCAGUCAAUGCUCACACAAGCCGUUGAUGCCAUUCGAAACCGAUAUCAAACUAUAACCAAGGAACAAAACUUAAAGCGACAACAACAACUGGCUGCGGCGGCGGCUGCGGCUGAUGAGGAUGAUGAUUACGAGCCGGACUACGACCCCAUGGACGUGGGGGAGAAUAUAUCGGAGGAGGCCACUACUGUCGCAGCGGAAGUAGCGGACCUGCAACACGAUUUAGUGUCCCUGGGCCCCUUCGUUCUGCCACAGCCACCCCCACUUACUGAGGAGGAAGCGGGUGAUGUCGGUCGUAGUGCUGUUGCGCGGGUGUUCGGCAUGAUUGAUGCCGCAGACUCAACCCCAUCGCCAGCUCAGAGCAAGAGCCAGCAACAACUUGGCUUCUCCCGGCUAGCUGGAAGCACUUUCGAUCGAGAUGCAUGGGUUGUUCUCCUCACUCGGUUGGCCACUCGCUCGCCAGCUGGCCUGGAGUCUGGUGAUAAGGGCAAGGGGGAGUCGACUCUCUCUCGAAGGCAAACAACCAUUUCAGACUCCAUCCGCGAGACACUGUAUCGAUAUAUUUUGGAGGAUUUCCGAGCCCGGCUCAACAUCGGUAUCAUCUGGCUUAAUGAGGAGUGGUACAAUGACCGGGUUCGGAUGAAAGAGGCUGCUUCGGAGCGUGACGAUCAAGGGGACGAGGAACCCACUGUCGCGCUUUAUUAUGAUACCUGGGCUCUUCGACUCCUAGAUGGCUUCCUGCCGUACCUUGACUCCCGUGAUAUUAAGGUACUUGUGCGGUUCCUCAGCGAGAUCCCAGAAGUCACCAUCCCCAUCACUCGGCGGGUGGCCAGCCUGGCCAAAGAUCCGGAACGUGUGAAUCUCUGCGUGCAAGCUUUGAUGUACUUGAUCAUGUUCCGGCCCCCAGCUCGGGAAAUGUGCCUUAACACACUCGAGGACGUUUACCAAACUUACGAGGAAUCUCGCCCCGCAGCAGGCAAAAUUCUAGCCAAAUGGCGUCCGCAAGCGCUUCCCACGCCGGUUGAGACGGUCACUAAUGGUGCCGCAGAGCCUGCACCAGCUGCUCCCCAGGCAGAGGUGCAAGCCCCUGUCAUAUCAAUGUGA